AUGGUUUUGGAUAUGGAACUUAUGAAUGUGCUUCCGAGUGCAGAAGAUGAGGUCAAUACAGCUUGCUUUCAUCCUCUUGCUGGAGUUGGUCUUGUUUAUGGAACCAAGGAAGGAAAACUGAGAAUCCUUCAGCAUGAUGGUGGUCAUGCGCCCAUACCUGAUCACUUUUAUGAAGCAAGAGCAGUUGAGGUAUGGGGAAGGCAAAGCAAAGGCAUUGAUUCUGUUGCCUUCUGUGGAAUUGCAAUAUCAAUCUCUUUUGGGAUUACCCCAUCCAUGUGUGGAAAAGGUGGUGGUGGUGGGACAGAUACAGUGGCAAUGGAAAUAGGUGGUGGCAGUGGGUGA